UCUCCAGCGCUAGAUUCAAACAGCUGAGGAGAGAAGACACUGAGCAGCAGAAGCAUUCAGCCGAUUUCAGAAAGCGGUUCAGAAAGCAUCUCUACUUUUUUUAACACUCAAGCUACAUUGGAACGGAACUUUUGGAAGUACAUCUUCUUCGUUGGUGUCAUCUGUUGCAGCGUUUGAAAAGAACAAAAGAAAAAUGACAAGCGGUAAAGUCAUCGUCUUGGUGGUGCUCCUGGCCUUUGUGGCUUUCAGUGAAGGGAUGAGUCUGAGAAGCCUGGGAGUGGAGCAGCACUGCCGCUGCAUCCGGACGGAGAGCAAAGCCAUCGGCCGCCACAUUGAGAAGGUGGAGCUGAUCCCGGCCAACUCCCACUGCGACGACACCGAGAUCAUUGCCACUCUGAAAAAGACGGGCCAAGAGGUUUGCCUGGACCCCGAAGCUCCCUGGGUGAAGAGAGUGAUCGCGAGGAUCCUGGCCAACAAAAGACACUGAGCGGACUGGCAGAGGCGUGUUUCAUGAGUCUGGGCCGCCGCAAAGGACAUAUGAAAAGUGCCAAAGUGUUUUAACACGAGUAGCGAGAAGCUGAAUGUUCAGUAUGUUUGUAUCAAACGCCUUAUUCCUUCACGAGCCUCGGCUUGUUUGUGUGUGACACUCAUGCGUAGCCAUUGCUUCUGUGAGGCCACUUGGCUGCUCCUGUAGAUUGUAAACAGCAUGAGUGCCGUCUUCUACAGAACUGAGGUGUUAUUGUAUAUGUUAUAAUAAUUAUUUAUGUCACGUUAAUGUAUUAUGUUAAGGUUUUGUUCAGUUGUGUGAAUAAAAUUGAAU